UAUGAAGGGGACAAUUGCGGAUAAAAACAUAGGAAAUGAAAACGUAAGAAGAAAUUGGUGUUUAACCGUACUUUGGAGUUCCACCGUCGUGCGAGGCGAAAACGAAACCCUAGCAGUGGCAAGUGCCAAGAAUCCGCAGAGACGGUGAAGUCGGAGCAUUAUACGUAGUGUAGAAACAAUCUUACAAAGUUCCCGAUAACAUCGGCAAGUCAAUUAACCGAAACAAUAAGAUAAUGCGUCAAUAGAUACGAUGGCAACUCUGGCAGGUCAACCAACUCACCAUCAACCAACUACGGUGGAGGAAGUUAGAACACUUUGGAUAGGGGAUUUGCAGUACUGGGUAGAUGAGUCUUACCUUAAUUCUUGCUUCGCUCACACUGGCGAGGUAAUUUCAAUUAAAAUUAUUCGCAAUAAGAUCACUGGCCAGCCUGAGGGUUACGGGUUUGUGGAGUUUGUAUCUCAUGCCGCAGCAGAAAGAAUUUUGCAGACAUACAAUGGAACUCAGAUGCCUGGAACGGAGCAAACUUUCAGAUUGAAUUGGGCCUCCUUUGGAAUUGGAGAAAGGCGCCCCGAUGCUGGCCCUGAGCACUCUAUUUUUGUGGGGGAUUUGGCUCCUGAUGUUACAGACUAUCUGUUGCAAGAGACUUUUAGAGUGCAAUAUCCAUCUGUUAGGGGUGCUAAAGUUGUGACUGAUCCAAACACUGGACGUUCGAAGGGAUAUGGGUUUGUUAAAUUUGCUGAUGAAAAUGAAAGGAAUCGAGCUAUGUCAGAAAUGAAUGGUGUUUAUUGCUCAACUAGGCCUAUGCGUAUUAGUGCAGCAACGCCCAAAAAAACCAUUGGUGUUCAGCAGCAAUAUAGUCUAGGUAAAGCAAUGUACCCAGUUCCAGCCUACACUACAUCUGUGCCUGCACUUCCAGCAGAUUAUGAUGCAAAUAACACAACAAUAUUUGUUGGUAACUUGGAUCCGAAUAUUACAGAGGAGGAGUUGAAGCAAACCUUUUUGCAGUUUGGUGAGAUUGCUUAUGUGAAAAUUCCUGCCGGGAAAGGCUGUGGUUUUGUCCAGUUUGGGACAAGGGCUUCAGCUGAAGAAGCCAUCCAAAAGAUGCAAGGAAAGAUAAUUGGUCAACAAGUAGUUCGUACUUCUUGGGGCAGAAAUCCGGCUGCCAAGCAGGACUUGGCUACUUGGGGUCAGCAAGUUGAUCCGAACCAGUGGAGCGCUUACUAUGGGUAUGGAGGGACUUAUGAUGCUUAUGGGUAUGGAGUUGUACAAGAUCCAUCUUUAUAUGCUUAUGGUGCAUAUUCGGGUUAUGGCUCGUAUCCUCAACAGGUCGAUGGUGUACAAGAUUUGGCUUCUGUAGCUUGUGUGGUCCCUUCUGUGGAACAGGGAGAGGAAUGGAAUGAUAUGCUGGAUACGCCAGAUGUUGAUUAUUUAAAUGAUGCAUACCUCUCGAAACAUGAAAGUGCUAUUUUAGGCUGGCCAUUAUGGUUGACUACCUCAUCACUGGUUAGGCAAACAUGAGCUUGGAGUUUCUCUGCACUUUGGUCGGUUGUAGUCAUACGUGAAGGCAUCUGGAGGAAAAUUAUGGUAUAUGCUUUAUACGCUCAACCAUACUAUUCGUCGACGAUAUCAACACAAUACUGUUGCUGGACACAACAAUGUGUUUGAUUUAAUAAGUCAUUUUCUUUUAUAGGAACGGGGUUGCCAGGGUUUUGGGUGCUUUGAUGCUCUAUGUAUUAUGGUGCUGUCUGCUAUUUGGAAAUGGAGUUUUUUCAUAUCAGGAGAACAUCUGCUUUGAUCUGUAUCUUGUUUCAUAUUGAUCUGUACCUUGUAGCUUGAGCUGAUAAUUCCGUCAGUUGAGAUUUAGCAAAAAGAAACUGAAAGCUGAAAUGAAAUGGAGUUUUUAAUGGAGU